AUGAUCUCAACGAGCAAAAUCACAUUAAUUCUGCUAAUCAUCGUUUUGGCCGAUUUGGCUCAUGCAACAUUCACUAAUGUGCCAGCGCCGCCAAAACGUCCAGGACAUUUUCGUACUAAAAACGAAUUGAAACAAUAUUUACAAAAACUUCAUGAAUAUCAUUCUAUACUUGGUCGAUGGCGUGUUCGACGACAUUCCGAUGAACAACUGUUUCUACCCAGCUCAAAUAACGAUUUAUUCAAGUUUUUCGAUAUCAAUCACGAUCAUAUCAUAACGAAAUCCGAGUUCAAUCGGCGCUUGAACUCCAGCAACGAAAAUAUUCAAUAA